GUCGAGCAGAUGGAGGAGGAUUUCAAGCAGGAGCAAAACACCACCUACGCUGUUACGGCGGACAUGGCUCGUCAGUACAAGGCUCUGCAGGAGGAGCUGAUCUACAAGAUCAACUCGCUGGAGAUCCAGCUGACGGAGCAGAAGGAGGAGCUAGACAUCACGAACCACGAGCUCAAGGAGUUGACCCGUGACAAGGAUGAUGAAAUUGAAAAUAAGGACCAGCAGAUCAAGCAUCUCAACGAGCGAAUGAACGAGAUGUCCGGCGAGUUUGCCAACAUGCUGCAUGAGACGCUGGAUCUCAUGAAGCACCACAUCAAUGACAAGCUGUCGGAUGCAGCACUAGGCGACGCCGACGCCUCGCGGCCGGAUUUCACCCAGCGGCUCCAGGACUUCAGCAACAAGGCUUACCAUGCUGUGGCCAUCAGCUCCAAGGGGGCAGGAGAUGGAGCCGGCAAGGCCAACUUGCCCAUCGCUGCUGGCCAAGACUCAGGCUAA